AUGCGCACAAAAACAUGCGCAGUGAUAAGAAGUAAGGAAGUGAAGGUUGUCACCCUGCUGAAUGAUACACUCGUGGCUGAAUGAGAAGUCUAGGGAACCGAUGUGGCAGGGUUACCUUAAAAAUACCAGAAUGCUUUCUGCUUUUUCAGUUUCUUAGACAGUUAUUUUAUAUUUAGAAUGAAAUGGACUAAAGAAUAUUGAAAUGUAGAUAAUAAUGUGUUCUUGGCCCUGAACUCUUGUACAACACCUCAAUAUGGCAGCCUCGCAGCUUGUGCUGGGAAGGCAGUUACUGUUUGAACAGGUGGAGAAGGGAGAUGGGGAUGCUGUUGCUCAUCUGCUCCUCAACACAGGGAUCGUUGUUGAUGACAGGGAUGACAACAACCAGACCCCCCUCAUGGUUGCCUGCCAACAGGGUCAUGUGACUAUUGCCACGAUGUUGUUAGAUAGUGGUGCAGACGUUAAUGCCGUGGAUGAUGAUAAUUGGAGUCCCUUGCUGAACGCAGCCAAGGAGGGUCAUACAGAAAUUGUCAAGGUACUCUUGGAGCAUGAGGCACACAUCUCACACAGGGAUAUGGGAGGCUGGACUGCCCUGAUGUGGGCUUGCUACAAAGGACGAACUGAAAUCGCCAAUAUCUUACUAGAGCAUGGAGCCAAUCCCAAUGUGAAGGCUGAGCACACCAUGACCUGUCUUAUAUGGGCCUCGGGAAGAGGGCACGUAGAAAUUGUCAAACUACUCCUGAGUGCAGGAGCCAAAGUGAACACAGCAGACAAGUAUGGCACAACCCCUCUUAUUUGGGCGUGCAGACGAGGCUGUCUGGAGAUAGUGGAGGAACUACUACUGGCUGACGCUAAUGUGGACGUGGCAGGAAUGAAUGCCUGGACUGCCUUACUUGUUGCUGUUAAGGGAGGGUUUGUGGAUAUAGUGUCAGCACUGCUUAACCAUGAGAUAGUGCCCAAUGUAAACUGUGUCGACAAGGAUGGCCUCACUCCAUUGUCCAUAGCCGCCAAAGAUGGCUACUUUCAGAUAGUGAAGGAGUUGCUACAGCAUGGCGCUUAUGUCAACAUUGUGGACAAGUCUGGUGACAGUGUUUUGAUCAGAGCUACCAAGAGUGGGCAUCUAGAAAUAGUCCAGGCUUUACUGAAGAAGCAUGCUGAUAUUGACGUGCAGGGAGAGGACAACAAAACUGCAUUAUAUUUUGCUGUAGAGAAAGGUCAUGUGGAAAUUGCUAGGGCCAUUCUGGAACACAAACCUGACAAAGAGCUGGCCACGAAAGACGGCACCACCCCCCUGCUGAAGGCAGUGAAGAACAGAAAUUAUGAGAUGGUGAAUCUGCUGUUAAAUAAAGGUGCUAAAGUCUCUGCAACUAACAAGAAAGGGGACAAUGCGUUGCAUAUUGCCCUACGUGUUAGGAGUCGCAGAAUAACGGAACUGUUGUUACGUAACCCUAAAGAGAGCCGUCUGCUGUACAGAACUAACAAAGUUGGAGAGACUCCAUACAUGAUAGAUGGCAACCAGCCCAAGAGUAUUCUGACAUCAAUACUGGGAAGGAGAAACCUGAACCAGACGGAAAGAGAUGAGAACUUUGACCUAUACAGCAGUGCUCUGGCUGACUGUCUCAGUGAGCCCACCCUGCACACACCCAUCACUGUGGGCCUCUUUGCUAAGUGGGGCAGUGGAAAGUCUAUACUUCUGGAGAGACUACAGGAUGAGUUAGUUCAGUUUGCCCACCGUACCUCCGACCUUGUGGUGGAGUUUUCUUUUGGUUUGUUCUUCCUGGUCUUCAUAGUGAGCAGUCUGAUAGGUCUGACCUUUGGUCUGCCUUUGAGACGCUGGGAGAUUGGAGUCGGGAUUGGAGUCGGGUUGUUUGUAAUGCAGUAUGCAUUUUUGGGCAUUGUGUGGGUUGGUUGUAAGAGGAAACAAUGGAGGUGGGCACUUCACAUUAGUAGUCUGCUCGAGAAGAAACUCAGCUUCCUCUUUCUCCUCGUCAAAAUGGUCUUCUGUAACCCACCCAAAAACAUAGACCCUAAUCAGAUGCCUGGAAUAAGGUUCAUGUUCAGUGACUACAUGAAGCUGACCAGUGUGGGGGCAGAGAAAUCAAUUGCCAUGAUGGUGGCCUCCCUUUGUGAAGCUAUGGAGGAAGAGUACGGAAUGCUCAUCACAAGACUUUACAGAGUUUUCAAACCUAAGGGUCACACAUACGGCCGUUUCAAAUCCGUUUGCUGCAUCCCAAAUUUCCUUAUUGCUGCACUUGUCUUCACAUGUCUCAUUGUGGGGGUUGUGUUGGUAAGCAUACACGGAAUAAGUGCUAAACUCCAUGACAACUUAACCAUCAACGCCAUCUUGAUCACCAUAGUGUGCAUUGUUGGGGUUGUCUUGAUUGCAAACAUCGUCACCUGGUGGCAGAUAAUAACGUCACUUCUAAUCUCCCAACACAAAAGAACUCUGAAGACCGCCGACAGCUUCGAUUCUCUGAAACUGGAGGGAAUGCUCCAGAUGUUAAAAUCUGAGGUGAAAUUGAUGUCCAAAAUCGUCAACUGUCAUGAUGCUUUCAUGGGAAACAAGACCAGGUUGGUGGUGAUUGUGGACGGUCUUGACAGCUGCGAGCAAGAUAAGGUUUUGCAAGUCUUCGAUACUGUGAACAACCUGUUCUCGGACCAAGACUCGCCGUUUAUACUCAUUUUGGCUGUGGACCCCCAUGUCAUCAUCAAGGGCAUCGAGACCAACCUCAACCUGGUGUUUCACGACUCCAAUAUCACGGGAAAUGACUAUCUGCGAAACAUGGUCCACUUGCCCUUCUACCUCCAAAGUCAGGGAAUACUGCCGAAGGCUAGCAAGAAUUUAGAGAAUGGGAGUGUUAGUGAAUUCAGCUCAAAUAAUGAUGUGCGAUUUAGGACCAGUUCAGUAUCCAGUCAGCACCGGGUGUUUCUAGACGUUCCUGGAAGACAGGACUCCAGCUUCUCUCAGUUGUCAGUUCCCAUGCACUCCAAGACCUCAGAACGCAGGCGGGCCUAUUCUAUGUCUGGCAAUGUGUUCUCAUCUGUGGGGAGUGUCGGUGGGGGCGGGGCAAUGUCACGGCAGGGGUCCACACUAGACCUUGCCAGACCUACCAUUUCGGGGGACUACUUCAGCGAUAUCAACCCACGCAGUAUGAGAAGACUGGUGAAUAUUGUCGCAAUAACAGGUCGCCUUCUGCGUGCCUACAAUAUAGAUUUUUGUUGGUAUCGCCUCUCUCACUGGGUUAAUCUGACGGAGCAGUGGCCAUAUAGGACCUCCUGGAUACUGUGGUACUUUGAACAGCAGGAGAAAACUGCCCCGCUGGAUGACAAAGUCACUCUGAAGGAUAUAUAUGACAAGAUCACACCUUUCCUACCGCCAAAGGAGCUCCAUCCUUUGAUAGAAAUUGACCGCAACCCUCAGAAGUUGGAAGUGUUCCUUGCAAGCUUCACUCCGCAGCUGACCGUUGGCGACAUCAGAAGACUACUGCCUUGUAGCAUUAGUAUAGACCCCUACCUCAGGAAGCUGAUCAAAGAGUUCAAAGAACAACAAGACAACAUCCAGACGGUCAACAUGGACUAUUCAGUUCCUUUUCGACCACUGGCAACUGCAUGUUCAACACCCCAGCUAUUGUCUUCCUCCGACCCUCGAGCUACACAAAUAGGGCAGCUCCGUAAACGUAACAGAGCUGCCACAGUGGACCCUGGCAGCCAAGUAUCCCCAGGGCCCUAUGGGUACCCAGUGAUGCCUUAUGGGUACCCUAGUCCCUUUGGCCCCAUGCCAGCCAUGCCUUAUGGCAUGCCUGUGCAGUAUGGGAACAUUACCCCAUGGCAAAGCACAUCCAAAAGGACCCAUACAAAAGUACCUCAAGGGAUCAAAUUAGCAGCAUUAACAGUGGAGGGUGUGUGUUUGUUAUUGGAAAAAAUAGAGGGAUUGAAUGCAACAGCACUUCCAGAAUACCAGGACAGAAUUAGAGGAAACAACAUCACUGGUAUAGUCCUCAUCAACUGUGAUCUAGAUGAGCUAAAACUGGUCAUGGGAAUGACUUUCGGUGACUGGCAGCUGUUUAGGGCAGCCAUCAUGGCAAUGCGUGACCAAGAAAUGUACUCUUCAGAUGAAAAUGAGGGUGGAGCUGAGGAGCAACUGCAGACACAGUACAGAGGAGAUGUGACGGACACGGGGCCAACAAAAGAGCAUGCAAAGCUUCUCCACCAGAAACUUCAGAAAGUGAAGUAUGACUUGGACAACAACCCAGGAAGUCACCUGACAGCGCCACUUCCAUCCAUCUUGGUUGAUCAGGCCAGCAGUGUAGACAGUUUACCCAGGAGUAGCACAGAACUAAGUCCAAGGGCCCUCAGCCCUACCAGAGACUUCCCUUCUCAUCAAGGAAAACUGGAAUCUGUUGGGGAAGAACCAAACGAAGAGGAGGAGGAAGAAAUGUCCAAGACCCCAUCUGCCUCUUCACGCCCCAUCCUGGCAGAGACUCGGCAGGAUUCAGUGACAUCAAAUAGCAUCAGUCCCCCGAGUGGCAUGCGUAAGAACGACAGCCUCCUACAACAGUUGGUGAGGGAGAAUCAGAUGCUGAGGAACAUGAUGGAUGAAAUUACUGAGGGAGAUGCUGCAGAGACAGAGUGGAUCCAACAAGAUGGUCUCCUCGAUCCCAUCCUUGAGACUGAAUUGCCGCCCCAGCGUGGGCGUUCAGCAUCCCGAGGCUCUACUGAUUACAGCAUGGUGAGUUUUGAUGCUCGUCGUCAUAGUGAUACCAGUGAUGCUGUCCUAGCUCUUCCUCCACAACGUAUGGUGACGUUUGCCAGCAGGGACGAGGUGCACCAACUGAGCAAAGACAAUUCUUUAGAAAUGACCAGUAGUAUAUCAAAAACAGAUGGCAAUAGCAGUAGUAGAUGGAAUGGCAGCCCAGAAGUAGAAAUGGGUAAAACGGAAGUUACCGUUGGAAAAUCAACUUUCUUUAGAACCUUGUCUGAUGAUCCUGCUGAUUCUGAAUCGUCUUCAUCAGCACUGGCUUGUCAUGACAAUAUGGUCAUUACUACCACCACCCUUGGCGAACAAUCCGUAGAAACAUCCAAAACAUCCCAGCAGCAACCUGUAAUGGAUGAUGAACGGGUGUUCAUUGAGACAGAGGCUGUGGAGAAAAGACAACCGAAGAAAACAUACAAGAAGAAAAUGCGUGCUGUAACCAUCGAAUCACCAUUGCUGCGCCAGAAAACUUUUGAUGACAGUGAUGACGACUGGGAGCCCGAAUGGGACUCCAUGGAUUUUGCCAGCAGAGACUACACCCCAAAAAAGAAAAAGCCUAGAAAGCUUCGCAAAGGAAACUCCUCAACACCCGUGAGAGCAAGCUCAAGCAUUGAGAAGUUGACCAGCAAAAUCACUGCAGCUGUGUCAGGCCACAGGCAUCACCAUGCACAGGUGGAGGAAGAUGACUCAGCAGAAUUGGCCGCUGGCCAAACCAGGAAGAAGAAGCUGAAGAAGAUCAGAGCCUCCCAGGAUAACAGGGGAGAGUAUGUCACUGUGAAAGAUGGAAGCCUCUCCUCUAGUUGUUCCAGCACUCCAACAACAGAUGGCCCAAAACAUUUAGAUGCUUUGCAACUGUCUGAUGGCUCGGAUGUUGCUCUCUCUCCUGGUUUGGAAUCUCUGGGCCUUUCUCAGAUUGAUGUGGGCAAUGGUGGAGAGGGCUCUCCUACUGAUGUGGCCUCAUUAAAGAUUGGGUUGGCAUCACAGCCAAUUGUUAUUGAAAACUGUCAUGGCGAAAGGGGCAGCAGUAAUACUUUGAUCGAUCUAAAACAAGCGAUUGGUGAAAAUGACUGUUAUGUACAAGUGGAAGAUGAAAAGGAGGUUGUAGACAGAGAGACGAAUGUGUAGAAAAGCAAUGCUCUGGAGAAAAGUAUUUUUUAAUGUUAAAGAAAUAAUAAUGAAUAAUGCAUCCAUUGACAACUGAAUCUAGAUGUAAUAACGAUAAUGAUGUUAAUAUUAACAUUGGGUAUAUUAAAAGAAUAUGCAGUAAUUUUCAUAAUUAUUUAACCUUAAUGAUUUUAUUCCCGAUCCUAACUUUUGAGAUUAAUUGUGAUAAAUUUGAGACACUAUACAUAAGGUACUAACAUAUUUUGUCUCCAGGUAUUUUCUGUUGUAAUAAACUUUUCUUCAAAAUGUACUAGCUAGAAUGUGAAGAGGAAUGUUUCCGUGAAUAGUGAGUCUAUAAAUCCCUGAGAUGACCUCACCCAAAGUCAAUAUUUGUAUAUUAUUAUCAAAACUCCAUGUUUUUUAAUUCGGCAUAUAUCUGUAUAACAAGGGUGUUUGAAAAAUAUAAGUAAUAAUGAUAUCAGCUAAUGAUACAAUAAAAACUGAAUGAAUCCAUUUGUUUGAAUAUAUAUUGUUUGAAUAUUAUAUAUUGUGUGCAUGCACCACCCCACCAAGGGGGGCAUGGAAAAAUAAU